AUGUGUCACAUCAUCAUCAAUAAGUCUCACAACAUCGUCAAUAGAUGUAGUAACAAAAUUAACCCACCAGUGGGUGUAUCACCAGUAGCACUAGGUGUAUCACCUGUAGCACUAGCUGUAUCACCAGUAGCACUAGGUGAACCACCAGUAGCACUAGGUGAACCACCAGUAGCACUAGGUGAACCACCAGUAGCACUAGGUGAACCACCAGUAGCACUAGGUGAACCACCAGUAGCACUAGGUGAACCACCAGUAGCACUAGGUGAACCACCAGUAGCACUAGCUGUAUUACCAGUAGCACUAGGUGUAUCACCAGUAGCACUAGAUGUAUCACCAGUAGCACUAGGUGUACCACCAGUAGCACUAGGUGUACCACCUGUAGCACUAGGUGUAUCACCAGUAGCACUAGGUGCAUCACCAGUAGCACUCGCUGUAUCACCAGUAGCACUAGGUGUAUCACCAGUAGCACUAAGUGUAUCACCAGUAGCACUAGGUGUAUCACCAGUAGCACUAGGUGUAUCACCAGUAGCACUAGGUGUAUCACCAGUAGCACUAGGUGUACCACCUGUAGCAGUAGGUGUACCACCUGUAGCACUAGCUGUAUCACCAGUAGCACUAGGUGUACCACCAGUAGCACUAGGUGUACCACCAGUAGCACUAGGUGUACCACCAGUAGCACUCGCUGUAUCACCAGUAGCACUAGGUGUAUCACCAGUAGCACUAGGUGUAUCACCAGUAGCACUAGGUGUAUCACCAGUAGCACUAGGUGUACCACCAGUAGCACUAGGUGUACCACCAGUAGCACUAGGUGUACCACCAGUAGCACUCGCUGUAUCACCAGUAGCACUAGGUGUAUCACCAGUAGCACUAGGUGUACCACCAGUAGCACUAGGUGUACCACCUGUAGCACUAGGUGUAUCACCAGUAGCACUCGCUGUAUCACCAGUAGCACUCGCUGUAUCACCAGUAGCACUAGGUGUAUCACCAGUAGCACUAGCUGUAUCACCAGUAGCACUAGGUGUACCACCAGUAGCACUAGGUGUACCACCUGUAGCACUAGGUGUAUCACCAGUAGCACUAGGUGAACCACCAGUAGCACUAGGUGUACCACCUGUAGCACUAGCUGUAUCACCAGUAGCACUAGCUGUAUCACCAGUAGCACUAGGUGUACCACCAGUAGCACUAGCUGUAUCACCAGUAGCACUAGGUGUACCACCAGUAGCACUCGCUGUAUCACCAGUAGCACUAGGUGUAUCACCAGUAGCACUAGGUGUACCACCUGUAGCACUAGGUGUAUCACCAGUAGCACUAGGUGUAUCACCAGUAGCACUAGGUGUAUCACCAGUAGCACUAGGUGUAUCACCAGUAGCACUAGGUGUAUCACCAGUAGCACUAGGUGUAUCACCAGUAGCACUAGGUGUACCACCUGUAGCAGUAGGUGUAUCACCAGUAGCACUAGGUGUACCACCAGUAGCACUAGGUGUAUCACCAGUAGCACUAGGUGUAUCACCAGUAGCACUAGGUGUACCAGUAGCACACCUGUAG